CUCCUACUGCGCAAUCAGUGCCUGUCGAGUCCUCUUCUGCUGCGGUUGCGCAGCUAGAUCAGCCAAUACAGUCUCGCUAUGCUCUGAACACCAAUAUCGACCCUGUCAUACAGGCACUCGGUCGAUCCGGGGAUGCCAUGUCGGCCGCAGCACCCUUCUCGAUAUAUCCGUUCUCGGAAGCUGGUCCGAACCGUCAAGCGACCAAGGUUGGCGCGCACUGGCGAUUUCUUGACGAUCUCUACCGUCAAGCCGAUCUUCAGCCUCAGCCAGAGAACGCAUCAGUAGACAGUAAUCGAUCAUCUGCUGUGGAGGAUGUAGCGACGUCUUCCGUAGCCGCUGGUAAGCGACGUCAAGAAAGCGACGAGGCGCCUCGCAAUGUGCGAAGACGACAAUACCGAGAUGGAAGGAGAUCAAGCGAUCGGUCCUUGGCCCCGCCAGCUCAGUCUCAUCUCGGGCGCGGGACCUAUCACGCCGCUGCCUGUCAGCCGGAGUGGUGCUGGUCAAGCGAAUGUACCUGCUGUCUACCACCACGCAACGCAAGAGAUCAAUAGCGCGAUUGACAAGAUGCACGCCGAGUCGGCUUUUGCUCAUCUUGCUCUUGCGCCGCCAGUCAGAUCCCAACUAGAUGCCUACGUGGACACUUACUUUCGGAUCUUCGACAAGUUUGUACCUUUCAUUCAUGUGCCGACUUUCGAUCGUCAGACUUGUCAGCCCGCCCUCUUGCUGGCUGUUUCUGCGGUGGGCGCAUACUUCACGCCCGAGAUUGCAGGCUCGCGAGAAGCGUCCCUGACGUUGGCUGAUUUAGCGCGGCGGACGUGCCAUUAUCAGGUCGAAGCCAAGAAUAACAGUAACCACGAACUUUGGUUCAAUCAAGUCUUCCUUUUGCUUUUGAUCCUUGCACCCGCAUGUGGCGAUCGUGCCGCAUUCGAGAUGGCCAUGUGCGUUCGCGGCAUUCCUCAUGCUAAUGGUCGUCGAGACGGCUGGGAUCGCGGCAUGGACGAAACGAUCGGAAGCGCGCAUAGAUCUGUGGAAGAGCAAUGGGCACGGUGGAUCCAAGAAGAACAACGGACUCGCAUGGCCUGGGCAGUCGUAAUGACGGACGUUUACGAUAGCGUUCUCUGGUCCGUCGAGCCGAGCGUCAUCGUGACGGAAGUCAUUCGGUGCCCUGUACCCAAUCUGGCAGUGCUGUGGGAAGCACCGACCGCUCAAGCUUGGCACGCGCUCCUCGUCAGCGGACAAGAGCCUGUCAGGGCUACUCUGGAGCCUUAUCUGCCCAAGAUGGCAGCUGAUCCCAUGACGCCAAUACCAGAGCUGGCAGAUGUAUUGAGCGAGACGUGCGGCCGCAUGCUGCUCAUCUCUGCUCUACACCUGCUUGCUUGGCGACGUCGACAUUGGAUUGACGUCGAACGACUUGCCUUGGGAGGAGAUGCUUCACAGCAGCCGACGGAUGCACUCAGUGCGCGUCUCGACAACGCAUUCGAGUACGUCGAACGACAUGUCCUGCCCUGUCAGGAUAGCUCGCAUAUCCUCGUCGAUCAGCGCGCCUCUGACAUGGGCACGGACAUGCACAUUGCACUACUUUGGAAUCUUGUCUGCCUCGUCAAUCAUCUACCGGUGUCGACGAUGCAGCAAUUCGCGUCUGGUGAAUUUGAUGCCGUCCGCCUCAGCAUACAAGAUUGGGCGAAUGCAAAGAAUGGCCAAAAUGCGCGCCUGUCGCUGUACCAUGCGACGCAGCUAUUGACUUUGUGUCACGAAGCCGACGAGUCGAAUCGGAAGGACUUACUGGUGCCGUUCGCUGUGCUCUACGGAACUCUGGCAGUCGUCAUCUAUAUUCGCUACAUUGCUCGCUACAUCACUCAUUCUAGACGAGCCGUCGGACGGGCGCCAGCCUAUGAAGUUCAUCUGACCAAGCUCAACAGUCGAUUGAGGCCGAAUUACGUCGAUUGGAUCGAAGGCAAAGCCUUUGAAGGUGCCCUUAGCGUGCUCGGGUUCGGAGACAUCUCCCAGCCCACGGCGUGCAAUGACGGGCUGGAGGCUUCGGCACGGAUCCUCCAGAGCCUGCCCUGCGGUCGCUACGGCUUUCAGUUCAGCUUGAUGCUCAGAGAGCUCGGCGCGUCAUUCUCCGAGCGAGUGUGAAGAUACUGGCUUGUACAACAAUUGCAACAUGUUGUUUAAUUGACAGGCGGUCUGAGAAUAUCAUCAUCGAUAGUGAUGCUUUGCUCGACCUGUCGCAUGAUCGCCACUGACUCGUGAAGGUUAUCAACGACUGCCUUGAGCUCGUCUCGCAAUGCUGCAUUCUCUGCUGCUUGCUUUAGCACGACAUCACGCUCGAGGAGCGC